UUAAGGAGGAGCAGAGUAGAACAGAUCAGAGCAGGCUGGAGCCCUGGUACUCAUACACCCACUGGUUCCCCAUGGCCUCGUCCCAUGUGUUGAAGGAUGGGCCGGUGCCGGUGCCAGUGCCCAAGAUGCAGCCGGCCAUGAUGAUGUUCUCCAGCAAGUACUGGGCCAGGAGGGGGCUGUCGCUGGAUUCGGCCAUGUUCAACCACCAGCAGCAGCGCCACACCGGGGGGCAGAUGUCUCGCCGUCCAUCCUUCUGUCCCAUCAAUGAGAAGCCAGACAAAGAGAGUGGGGAGGACUCGGGGAAAACUGCGGUGGUGUUUUCUCUGAAGAACGAGGUCGGCUGUUUGGUCAAAGCUCUGAGACUGUUCCAGGAGAGGCGAGUGAACCUGAACCACAUCGAGUCUCGGAUGUCAAAGAGAGUCUCCAACGAGGUGGAGAUCUUUGCUGACUGCAGCUGCAGUAAGAAGGAGUUUAACGAGCUGCUGCAGCAUCUCAAGGACCACGUCAACAUCAUCUCCUUCAACACACCUGCGCACAUCUGGGCUGCUGAGGCAGAUGGAGAGGACGUGCCGUGGUUCCCCAUGAAGAUCUCAGAGCUGGACCAGUGUUCCCACAGAGUCCUGAUGUAUGGAUCAGAGCUGGACGCCGACCAUCCCGGCUUUAAGGACAACGUGUAUCGCCAGCGCAGGAAAUACUUUGUGGAAGUGGCCAUGAAUUAUAAAUUCGGGCAGCCCAUCCCUCAUGUCGACUACACCCCCGAGGAGAUCAGGACGUGGGGGGUGGUGUUCAGAGAGCUGACCAAACUGUACCCGACGCACGCCUGCAGAGAGCACCUGAAGAAUCUGCCGCUGCUCAUCAAACACUGCGGCUACAGGGAGGACAACAUCCCCCAGCUGGAGGACGUGUCCCGCUUCCUCAGAGAGCGCUCUGGGUUCACCGUGCGACCAGUCGCAGGUUACCUGUCUCCCAGAGACUUCCUGGCUGGUUUGGCCUACCGAGUGUUUAACUGCACUCAGUAUGUACGUCACAGCACCGACCCACUCUACACUCCUGAACCUGACACCUGCCAUGAGCUGCUGGGUCACGUGCCUCUGCUGGCUGAUCCAAAGUUCGCCCAGUUCUCGCAGGAGAUCGGCCUGGCCUCUCUGGGAGCUUCAGACGAGGAUGUUCAGAAAUUGGCCACGUGUUAUUUCUUCACUAUCGAGUUCGGACUGUGCAAACAGGACGGUCAGCUGAGAGCGUAUGGAGCUGGGUUACUGUCGUCUAUCGGAGAGCUGAAGCAUGCCCUGUCCGACCAGGCCUGUGUGAAGAUGUUCGACCCGAGGACGACCUGUCACCAGGAGUGUCUCAUCACUACCUUCCAGGAGGUUUACUUCAUCUCUGAGAGCUUUGAGGAGGCCAAGGAGAAGAUGAGGGACUUUGCGAAGACGAUCAAGAGGCCGUUCUCAGUGUACUACAACCCGUACACUCAGAGCAUCGACCUGCUCAAAGACACACGCAGCAUCGAGAACGUGGUGCAGGACCUGCGCAGCGACCUCACCACCGUCUGCGAUGCUCUGGGCAAGAUGAACACCUACAUGGGAAUCUGAACACGAGCUCUGAUUGGUCCAGAGCACGGCGCUGACCCUCACACCUGUGCUCACACAAACAUCAUUUCACACAUUUAUUGGUCUGUAACAUCACCGCAGCCAAACACAAAGACAUAGUAGGCAGAUUAUCACAAGACACACAGACCGAUGUUUGCCCUCCCGGAGUGGGAACACUGGUCUGGUGUCCUCAUAAAUCCACAUAUUAAGGCCACUGUUCACCUUUUUUCAUUUAAAGGGUUAUUUCCCAGUUGAACAAUUAAAACUACACUGGCUGUUUUAUCAGACAACCAGAUGAUCAUCAGGUCACCAAACUGUAGCAACUGACUGAAAAAACAUCCUGUUGUGUUGUGGUUUUGGGAGUAAAUAUAAACGUGUGUAAACAAUAAGACUGUUCCGUGUGUUGGUGUUCUGUGUGCAGCACAUUCUCUGUCCUCAUUUGUUUUUCCUCCAGCGGUCAUCACAGACCUGUGAAGUAAACAGAGCUAAAGCCUUAAAGCACAGUGUCACUGUCUGUGGACAGAAACACUGCAGAGACUCUGUCAGUGGACAUCCAGACAGUAGGAGGAGCCUCUGUUGGUAACAAGGCUAAAAACGUGUCGUUAAUUUAAUUAUAAUUAGCCGUGUUGGUUG